AUAGUGGCUUUCACUGCUUGUCUCCUCGACUUCCGCGUCGCAUACGUUCCCGUGGAAGGCAAUGCGGCCUUUCUGGCAGGAGUGCCCCUAGAUAUCUACGAAUGCGUGGUCGGAGGGAGCCAACACGGAGGCGGGCAGGCGGGACAACGUCGCAUUAACGAUCACAUCUUGCUCAGAUUCUCUUGUCCGCAAUCUGUUUCGGCAAUGUUGUCGGAAGGGUGUGCCGGGAUGCAAAGCCAGAUUGAAAGGACUGUUACGGAACGAUUGGGCCUCUCACAGAUCGCGGUAACAGUUGUAGUUCACCAUUCUGUACAGAUCAUGGACAGGGUAGCAAUGUGA